UCUUGAAGUUAUUCCAGGUAUCCAUCAAUUAGGAGUUCUAGGUGUUGGAAUUGAAGUUCAGCGUGAUAUUCGUAAUAGUCGUUUCAAGGGAGCUAAUGGAUUAGCUAAUGCUGGAGUCACGGGUCUAAAGUUUUUUGGUGCUAGAGAUUUAUCAUAUAAAAUAUCUUUUUUGGCAUGUACAGUUCAUAAUGUUGACGCGAAGGGACAGAUCAUUUCUUUAAUCAAAACUGAUGGUUUUUUUAUUCUGACUUAA